ACAGGCUCCACUAAAUGGAUUCCUACCCCUGAUAACAAAAUUUCAUAGAUGUCGUGUGCCCCGAACCUAGCAGGGCCCCAAAUAUGCCACUUCCUGGGUUGCUGGGAUUUCAGGUUAUAAAAUAUGCUUCAGCAGGGCCAAGAGCAGAGUUGUUGCUAUGGCAACUGAGGUAAGCCAGGCUUUUCCUGGUACCCAGCAGACCAAGUCACCUGGCAUUGUUUACAUCUAGCUCUUGCUUGUCCACACCCCAGCUCCUUGGAUAACUGCUGCUUCCUGCUUUAUCUUUUACCCAGCGCUCCAGGGCUGAAUGACACAGAGCGUUUGGAGCUGUCUCUGUGACAGCAGAUGGGAUUUCACAAGGACAGAUGUUUGCAAGAUGACCAGGUUCAGGGAGGCAGGAAGAGAUAGAGACCCUUCCUGGAUAGCGUCAAAUCAAUCCUGAGGGAGUGAGACUGUUUCCCUUGAGAUGGAGACCUGUUUGCCACCAUGUACCUCAGGCUAACAGCCUCGAGAGCUGCUGGGGUCCUGCUGUCUCCACUACCCAUCUCACUUGGGGCCUCUCACUUGAGUUCCGGUUGUGGCUUCCAUGUCCAGCUUUCUGUGCAUCCUGAGGACCCAGCUCAAGUCACAAACUCGCAAAAGCGCUUUAUCCGCAGGGCUACCUUCCAGGGCCUACCAGCUGAACUUGGAGCUUUUCUCUCUGCCCUGGGUGGGGCUCUGGCUGGCUGGGAAGCACCUGGGGCAGGCCCCAGGCACUCGAUGCCCAUACGGAUGAUGAUUGUUGGUACUGGGUAUCUGCUCUCAAUGCGGCAUUUGGAAAGGUAUUCAAAGUUGCCCAGCUUCAUGAUCGUGGCAAGUAAUUUCUCCAGUAUUCCAGAUUACAAGUGGGCUGUGGGCCUCUGCUUGGGCUGCCCUUGGACUAGCCUGAGAAAAAGACCCAAGUUCUUCUGCUUCUGUUUACUUGUUAGAUGGGUCUUUUCUUCUCUAUACCUUCAUCUUUCCCACGGGGAUUUUGUUUGUCACAGCAUUGGGGAAUCACUGUGUCUGCUUAGGCCCCACUACUUGUCAAUUACGCUGUGACUAACUGCACCGUACCACUCCCUACCCCUCGAUCUGUAUGUACCAGUGUCCCUAGUACAGAAAAACAAAAUGUCCAAGGGGCUGGGGAGAUAGGUCGGUUGGCAGAGUCCUUGCUGUGCAAGCCCGAUGGCCCAUUUGAUCCUCAGAAUCCACGUAAGAGUGGGAUUCGUGGCAUGCAUCAUAAUCCCAGUACUCCUAUAGCAAGGUAUAAAUAUAUAUAAAACUACUACUAGCCGGGCAGUGGUGGCACAUGCCUUUAAUCUCAGCACUUUGUGACAGAGGCAUGUGGAUCUCUGAGACCGAGGCCAGCCUGGUCUACAGAGUGUGUUCCGGAACAGCCAAGGCUACAAAUAACUAGCUUUGAAGCUCCCAGACCAGCGUGCCCCGAGUACACGGCACAGCGGCAGAAAGAGACCCUGCUUCAACAAGACGGAAGGCAAGAACCAACUUCCCAAAGUUGUCCUCUGACUUACACAUGCAGGCAACCUGCACAACACACAUAAUACAUAUUUUAGAAGCUGGGUGUGGUAGCAUGCACUUGUAAUCCCAGUGCUCGGUAAGUGGAGUCAGAUCUCUGGGGCCUCCUGGCCAGCUAGCCUAAUCUGUUAGCCAAGUUCCCAGCGGGUAAGCCUGUCUCAAAAAACAAGGGGGCUGGCUCUUGUUGAUACCACAGGCAUGUGCACUCAUGGUGUGUGUGUGCGUAUGCAGUUUGAUCUCUGAUCCCACCCUAACCUCUCGGGAUGCAAAGGGUCACGAGGCAUCUACCACAGAAUCCUGGCUUCUGUGACCACAGCCACUGUCAAGUUCAGGUCAGCAUUUUGACUUGGUGGUGAGGGGAGCUUUGAAGGUGUCCCUGAGAAAGGACCUCUUCGACGUCUCUUUCAGUGGCGUUCAAGUAGAAUGCACAGGAAUCUGGUGGGUACGGUUCGUGACCAGGGGCCAGUCUACUCAUUUCCCUGUCCUGGGACAUCCAUCGCCCCAAACUCGUUGAGGAACCGCAGUUAGAACCUCUGCGGUGGUCGGCAGCCAUGUUCUCUGAAUAACUGGGAGCAAAGGCACAAAAAUCAUCUCCGGGUGGGAAGGAGAGGGACACUACGGAUAGAGGUGGAGCGGGGUGGCUCCGGCCUGGGGAGCUGGUCCUGGCAGGAUGGCCCGCUAGGCCGCUCUUCUAAUCACUUGUCCCAUCACUACUAAGCACAGCCGCGUCUGCACCCUGGUAUCUGGCUUUCGGGAUUGCCCGAGGCUGCCCCUGGCGGUACUCUCCACCCCCAUAUCCCGUCAGCUGAUUGGUGGAGACGCCUGCACACUCCCCGCCCCUGUGAAAGUUCGGUCCCCGCGGUGCAGGACUCCUACUCUAGCCUGUGGGUCCCAAACUCAAAUUCCUGCGCUCGGGCGUGGGAGGGUUAACUUGAAGGGGUGGAGACUCCAAGAGGGAGGUUGACCCAGCUGGGUCAGCUUUCCUUAGACCUAGGAGUCCUGGUGUCACUGGCCACUGGGACACACUCACGCUGGUGCACAGGCUCCUUGUGCACCAGCUUCAAGUCGGCAGAGGGCGUGGGGAGAUGCAGGGUAACUAGACAGUUGCCAUCUCCCAGGUCUCUGCUACUCGUCCCAAGCCGGUGGUGGCUCAGGGGACCCUCUCCAAAUCAGUCUCCAAAUCAGUCCUUCCGAGGGCGCUUGACUGCCUUUGGCUGGAGAUGAAGCCGGCAGGCACGGGUCCCACACUGGGUCCCACCGUCUCCCCCGGGGCCGAGCCCACCGACGCGUCCCUUGGCCCGCCGUUUCCCUGGCCCUGCCCACCCGACGUGCGGCUCUGUGGCCACCUGCGGAAGCAGAAGUCCCAGCGCCGCCGCUUUUUCGUCCUGCGCGCGGACCCUCCGCGCCUGGAGUGCUACGAGAGCGAGAAGAAGUUCCUGGCCGGCGGCUGCCGCCCGCCGCGACCCCGGCGCAGCGUGAGCCUGGAGGGUGCCUGCACCAUCAGCAAGCGCGCCGAUGCCCGCCAGCGCCACCUGAUCGUCGUCUAUACCAGCGACAGCAGCCUGGGCGUCGCGGCGGCCAGCGAAGCGGAGCAGCAAGCGUGGUACAGCGCAAUGCUGGAGGUGCGCGCCUCCGCCGCUGCGGCUGCUGCCACCGCUAUGGGUCUCAGUCCUCAAGAGGCCCCUGAGUCUUGGAUCUUCGCCCCGUUCCAGGACGUCUGGCCUGUGACACUGCGGUCCAAGGGGCUGGGGCGAGCACGAGGCCUGAGCAGCGGCAGCUAUCGCCUGUGCCUGGGUUCUGGGUCCCUGAGCCUCCUGCGGAAGCCAGGAAGCAAAGGCUCCAGAGACAGCCGGACAUCGCCACCACCGGCCCUGCGCCUGUCCUUGCUCAGCGUGCGCCGCUGCGGCCAUGCGGACUCCUUCUUCUUCCUGGAACUCGGGCGCUCAGCGCCCACGGGUCCCGGGGAGCUGUGGAUGCAGGCGCCUGAUGCAGUGGUGGCCCAAAGCAUUCAUGAGACGGUCCUGGCUGCCAUGAAGAGGCUGGGGAGCAGCGGGAAGGAUGAGCCACCGUCCGGAGAGCCUCCGAAGAGUGCUUCUGCAGCCCCGGCACCGUAUGAAACCCCUGUUUCUGCAGCGCAAUCACGAAGCCCCGGUGAGAGAGAAAAGCAGGACUACUUCAAGGCCUUGGAAAGGAUGGGGCCCGCACCCUCCUACAAGGGGCUAGAUCUGGAUGGGGACUACAUCGCCAUGGGAGUCAGGGGUGACUACGUGCACAUGGGGGGAGGGGAGGCUGGUGACUACAUGUGGAUGGCACCCCCAGGCCGUCCUCCCACCCCUGCCAGGGUGGCUCUUGGCAAGUCGCUUCAGGAUUCUGAGGGCACAGAAUACAUGCCCAUGAAUAGAUUCUUACCAGGACCUUUGUACUACGAGCUCAAGGCCAGGGAACCUGAACUUGGGCAUCGGGGUUUCCCCUGCAGCAUUAGGAACAGAUGGGGACCCACAGAGGCUCAGGCCCACUCUUCCCAACUUUCAGAACUGUCUGGGGACUACAUGUACAUCCCAGACUAUGUAGGAAUGAACAGUGCUAAGCCAGGGUCUCUGGACAACUGCCUCAACUACGUGGACCUGGACCUAGUCCCUCCCCUGGAGGGGCCCAGAGCAGCCCCUGGGGAGAGUCCACACGGCUAUACCAGCAUCAAGUUCUAGAACUCUGUGGGGGAUGGUCAGGGAAGAGAGGAAAAGAGGAGAAAAGUUACUAGCUCAGCUCAGCUCCUGCACGCGGGAGCAAGGCGCCCUGCGGCCACCACGUCCCUUGUAAGCUGCUCUGCUGCCCCUUCCAGCUAAGAAACCCUCGGGAAGAGAUUCUCCCCAGAAAUUAGACUCUUGAGAGAAAGUUCUAGACCUUCUCUCUGCCCCAACCCCAAAAAACCAACCAAACAAACAAAAAAACCCAAAACCUUACAAAGUUUGGGCCCUCUCAGCCGAAACCCCCUGAUCUUAUCUCCCUGAAGAAUUCCUACAGAAUCGGUCUCAAGCUAGCUGUGGCCAAACCAUGGAUGAAGAUUCCCCACCCCAAUUUGGACAGUUCUGUCCCCUCACGUGUUGGCAGCUGACACUAGAUGUCACUGUGUCCUCUGAGCCCAAGAGCUAUCCUCACUCAACUUUUCCAAGUCAGAGAGGAACUCCGAGAACCCCAGCUCAAAAACAGUGGGAGCAUCAGGCAUCUCGUCAGAGCCCCCCAGCAACCUGCCCUCCCGAGUCCUCCUCUGGUGCCCGUCAGGCUCACCUGACCCUUCUCGGGGCCUGGCCGAGCUGACCAAGCCCUUGCUUCCUAGAGCACAGCCCAGUCACAUCCUGUGGACCCAACCUACCCAUUAAAGGUGCUCUGCACCCUGA